ACCCGGCUUGCCCCGCGGCAAGAUGGCGGCUUGAAUGCAGCGGGCAGCGGCGGAAAGCUUAGAUCAGCCUUUCCACAGCUCCUGUAGCAGCAUCUGCCCCAAUUUCAGCUGAAGACUGAGGGUCCCCAGGGACUGGAAGAAAUCACAGUGCCUGCUUGGAAAGAAGAAGAGCUCCGGAGUUGGGCUGCUCACAAACCAAGCUGUCUGUUUAUAUGGAGUGCCUGGAGGGCGUCUGCCAUGAGUCUGUCACUAACAGCAAUAACCAGGAGAGCUGGCUGGUUGGGGAGAAGACACUAACCCCGAGCUCUUGGCUAGAGGAAGUGGAGGGGUUGUGGGAUGCAGAGAACCGAGGGCUAACUCUUGGACAGCGGAACGGAGAGAGCUGCUGACGAACAGACGAAAGUGGAGGAGCCCACACCUCCCAGAAUGACCAGUGCAGCCCCUGCCAAGAAACCCUACCGUAAGGCACCGCCGGAGCAUCGGGAGCUGCGGCUCGAAAUUCCUGGGUCCCGACUGGAACAGGAGGAGCCCCUGACUGAUGCAGAGAGAAUGAAGCUUUUGCAGCAAGAGAAUGAAGAGCUUCGUCGGCGUCUGGCCUCUGCCACCAGACGCACUGAAGCCCUGGAGCGUGAGCUGGAAAUUGGGCAAGACUGCCUGGAGCUGGAGCUAGGCCAGAGCCGCGAGGAGCUGGACAAGUUUAAGGACAAAUUCCGCAGGCUGCAGAACAGUUAUACGGCUUCCCAGCGGACCAACCAGGAGCUGGAGGACAAGUUGCAUACACUGGCCUCUCUUAGCCACAGCUGGAUUUUUGCAAUUAAGAAGGCUGAGAUGGAUAGGAAGACACUCGACUGGGAGAUCGUGGAGCUGACCAACAAGCUGCUGGAUGCCAAGAACACCAUCAAUAAGCUAGAGGAGCUCAAUGAACGGUACCGGCUGGACUGCAACCUGGCUGUGCAGCUCCUCAAGUGCAACAAGUCACACUUCCGUAACCACAAGUUCGCUGAUCUGCCUUGUGAGCUACAGGACAUGGUUCGGAAACAUAUGCACAGUGGUCAAGAGGCUGCCAGCCCAGGCCCUGCUCCUAGCCUGGCCCCAGGAGCUGUGGUUCCUACUUCAGUCAUUGCCCGGGUGUUGGAGAAGCCAGAGUCUUUACUGCUCAAUUCAGCACAGUCAGGCAGUACUGGGCACCCCUUGGCUGAGGAUGUCUUUGUGCACGUGGACAUGAGUGGGGGUGCUCCUGGUGACCCAGCUAGUCCCCCAGCCCCUGGCAGUCCCACCCUGCAACCCAAUGGAGAAUGCCAUUCUCUGGGUACUACAGGAGGCUCCCCAGAGGAGGAGCUACCCUUGCCAGCCAUUGAGAAGCUGAGUCCAUACCCCACCCCAUCUCCACCACACCCACUGUAUCCUGGCCGCAAGGUAAUAGAGUUCUCUGAAGAUAAGGUUCGGAUCCCUCGUAACAGUCCCCUGCCCAACUGCACUUAUGCUACCCGCCAGGCCAUCUCCCUGAGUCUGGUGGAGGAGGGGAGUGAACGGGCCCGCCCUAGCCCUCUACCCAGCAGCCCUGCCUCGGCCCAGGCCUCACCCCACCACCAACCCAACCCAACACCCCCAACACUCAGCACCCCUGCCAGCUCAGCCAGCUCUGAAGAGGACCUGCUAGCCAGCUGGCAGCGUGCAUUUGUGGACCGCACUCCACCACCUACUGCUGUGGUCCAGCGCACCGCCUUUGGGCGCGAUGCACUGCCUGAACUGCAGCGCCAUUUUGCCCUUAACCCUGCUGACAGAGAUGAGGUGGUUCCAGUACCUUCUUCCCUACCUGAUGAGAGUGGGCUUUUGCUGCCAACAGAACCUGACUCUGGUUUUCCCAGGGAGGAGGAGGAAGAAGAGUUGAACCUGCCCAUCAGCCCUGAAGAAGAGCGUCAGAGCCUGCUGCCUGGUGGUAGGGGGACAGAAGGGCCUGGCACUUCCCAUCCUGAGGGCAGGGCCUGGCCUCUUACCAGCUCUAGCCGCCCACAGCGCAGUCCCAAGAGGAUGGGGGUGCACCAUCUUCACCGCAAGGACAGCCUGACCCAGGCCCAAGAGCAGGGCACCCUGCUCAGCUAGGCCCACUUGCUUUCCUGCUGAUGUUGCAUUGGGCCUGCAGAAGGCCUAGGCGCUUGAGCUCUUCCUUCCCACACCUGCACAGCUCUGUUCCCUGUGUGAAAGAGAGGCCACACUAGGUCUUUCAGCUGCAUUGACACUGGCACCAGCUUGCCUCAUUCAUGAUUUUUUUUUCCUUUUCUUAGAAUAUUUAUUUUCCAAAGGUAACAUGCAAUUGGGUCUCAAGUCCUGUCCUCUAGUCAACCAGCUCAAAUUGGGCUGUUCUGGGGAGCCCAGGGGCUUGCUUAUCAGUGUUCAUCUUCCAUCCUCCUUUUAUAUUCAUGAGCUUUGGUUGUUUUGGGGGGUAUUACUGGGGUUAUUAACCUCUUAAUUUCUGAUUCUUACCAGUUUUUCUCUGCACAAGCUGCUGCCCUCAAGGGGCCUGGCCCAGCUGGGCCCAGGGAUGAGGGAGCAACUGACUCAGGGCUCCCCUCAGAUGUUUCCUCCCUCCCUCUGGAAGGGAGGGUGGGCUUUAGGGGCCUCAAAGUGGGUUCUGGGUUAGGCCUGGCCCCAUUCUUAACCUUGGCUCUAGACUGUUACUCCCAAUUUUGGGAAAUUUCACAUUGAUGACUAUUUUAAAAGCAAAUAAAAUUAU